CUCGCUCCUUUCUAACGCUUUGAUAUUUUGUUUGGCACCAUCACCACGCGCCUGUCCACGAGCCAUUUCAUCAGCAGCACACACACCUAGGCCAACCGUUCCAGAUAAGCCCAAUCACCUCUUACUCACUGACACGUGUCAUCCUCCCUCUUUUCUUCUUAAUUUCUUCUACUCUUCUUCUUUCUUUCCCACCCAAUUCGAGUUGACAUAUAUAUCAUUGUAAAGUUUGGAACUUUUUUACAGUGAUCAAGAAUGGCUACUGCUUCUAUUGCUUCCUCCACUCUGGCCCAAUCACAAGUCAAUGCUUUUACUCCAGGCCUCAAGCUUCAAAAGCCCAAUUCAAUCACCUUUACAAGGAGAAAGUCUUUGACUGUGGUGAAAGCGAGUUCACGGGUUGAUAAAUUUUCUAAGAGUGACAUCAUUGUAUCUCCAUCUAUUUUAUCAGCAAAUUUUGCAAAGUUGGGAGAGCAGGUAAAAGCAGUGGACGAGGCAGGUUGUGACUGGAUACAUGUUGAUGUCAUGGAUGGUCGCUUUGUACCAAAUAUAACUAUUGGGCCUCUUGUUGUCGAUGCUUUGCGCCCUGUGACAGAUCUACCGCUUGAUGUCCAUCUGAUGAUUGUCGAACCUGAGCAGCGAGUGCCUGAUUUUAUCAAGGCUGGAGCCGACAUAGUCAGUGUUCAUUGUGAACAAACUGCCACAAUUCAUUUGCAUCGUACAAUCAAUGAAAUAAAAAACUUGGGAGCAAAAGCAGGUGUUGUCUUGAACCCUGGUACCCCAUUGGGCCAGAUUGAGUAUAUUCUUGAUGUUGUCGACCUUGUCUUGAUUAUGUCGGUUAACCCUGGAUUUGGUGGGCAAAGUUUUAUCGAAAGUCAAGUUAAGAAGAUUGCUGCAUUGAGAAAAAUGUGUGUGGAGAAGGGAGUGAACCCAUGGAUUGAGGUAGAUGGUGGAGUUGGUCCUAAAAAUGCCUAUAAGGUCAUUGAGGCUGGAGCUAAUGCUUUGGUUGCUGGUUCUGCUGUCUUUGGAGCUAAAGAUUAUGCUGAAGCUAUUAAAGGCAUUAAAACCAGCACAAGGCCUGUAGCAGUUGCUGUAUAAAGUUUUGAAGUCCGUCAUAUUGAAGUUAAAAUCUUCCAGCACUCUUCUUGCCCACAUAACAAGACGGAUCAUACUGUAGCCUCGGAUCAUUGCAAGCCUGGCUAAUGUUGUCAGAUACUAUUAUUUGUUGAUUAUUAACAUGUUAAUAGAUAUACGGAUAACAACCAUAUGCUCCAAUUUUUUUAGCAAGAAGAGUGGUGAAUAACAUACUCCCAUAGUAGUUGUAAGAAUCAAAGUUGUUAGUACACCUGUAUGGCUGUACCCCAUUGCGCUUAUGAAUGUUAGAGUUUGUAUGCAUAUGCAGUAACAUCAGAUGUUUUCAUGCAUAUACUGAAAAAUCAGUGGUUUUUUGUCGCUCAA